GUAUGAGAACCUCAGUGCUAGAGCGAGGGAACGAGGCGAUGCAAUCUUGUUCGAUAUCGAGCAACUUAAAGAGAGGUAUCAUUGGGAACUCCAGCCUGGAGGGGUUCCUGCCAUGUUUAGCCCAACACAAGAUGCCUCCGGUGACAGCCAGACCUGGAACUUCACAUCAGAAGCAUCGCUUUCCCUCAGCUGCCCUGAGAACCGUGCUGAGAAUUUCUUGCCAAAGGCCACUCAGGAGCCGGGACUUGUUCUGAAACAAGGAUACUUGGAAAAAAAAUCCAAAGACCCCAAAAUCUUUGGCUCAGAAUGGCAGAAGAGGUGGUGUGUCCUUGACCAGAUGGCCUUCUACUACUAUGCAAAUGAAAAAAGCAAGCAACCCAAAGGCAUGUUCCUAAUCGAGAAUUACCGUGCCCGGCUGGCUUCCUACCUGCGCAAGGAUGCCCGAAGAGAUUGCUGUUUUGAACUGAUGUGUCCUGGAAAGCGUACCUAUGAGUUCACAGCUCCAAGCCCAGAAGAAGCCAAGGACUGGGUGGAUCAGAUCCUGUUUCUGCUUAAGGAUAUGAGGUCCCUCAUUAUCCCUUGUGAGGAUGAGGAAGAUGACAAAGAAGAAACCUAUGAUGACAUUGAUAGUUUUGAUUCCCCAAGUACAACGCUUCAACAGAAUUUUUCUCUGAACCUGGAGGAAGAGGAGACUAAGGGAGAGAGCAAAGAGGGCAUUUAUGAAAUCCUACCAGAUGAGGAGCUUGGCUUGAUUGCUCCAGACAACAUCGAAGUUGCUGACAAGUUAGAGAAGACAGGAAGCUUCAUCAGAAGUUAUACAAAUUAUUACCAAGGCCUUUGGGACUGUACCAGUGGCCACCCGGAUGAACUAUCCUUCCAGCGGGGAGAUUUGAUCUACAUCCUCAGCAAGGAAUACAACAUGUAUGGCUGGUGGGUCGGAGAGCUGAACAAUGUGGUAGGGAUUGUCCCAAAGGAAUACCUCGUGCCAGCCUACGACAUGGAAGACAUUUGAGCAGCAGAUCCCCAGGGAUUGCGUCUCUUCUCAUCCUCCGCUUUUCUGAUCCAAUAGAAGUGCGUCCCUGAAGCUUUUUUGUUAUUCUUCACAUGCACAUCAGAAGAAUUGCACAUGCUCCUUAGCCCACAUCGGGACACGUACAAAGGCAAUGUCCGCUCUGUCAUGAUAGGAUGUACAUAUCCUUAACUUUGCCUUGGUACUUUCUCUAGCUGGCUGCAUCCAGCACAUGCCCUCAUUUUGGAAAGUUGCUCAGGACCUAAGGUGGUCAGAAUUGUCACGCGUGUCAUAUUAGCAUUGGU